AUGCCCCCACAAUCCGAUGAUAAACGCCAGGCAGCACGCGAAGUGAUUGACAUUCUUCACGAGAUCUCAACGCUCCUUAAUACGAAUCUGGACCGAACCGAGCUCUCGCUUUGCGUGUCUCUCAUCGAGAAUGGAGUUAAUCCUGAUGCGCUUGCCAAUGUCAUUAAGGACUUGAGGAAGGAAGCUGCUGUCACUUCGCGCACUCUUCCAAACGAGUCGAUGGAAUGA